AUCCCAGCCGUCACUACCAGUUUGUCCUACUCUCUGCCACCAUGCUGGCCUCAGGGCUGCUGCUGGUGGCUUUGCUGGCCUGCCUGAGUGUAAUGGUGUUGAUGUCUGUCUGGAGACAGAGGAAGCUCGGGGGGAAGCUGCCUCCCGGGCCCACUCCACUGCCCUUCAUCGGGAACUACCUGCAGCUGGACACGGAGCAGAUGUACAACUGCCUCAUGAAGCUGAGCAAGCGCUAUGGCCCCGUGUUCACCGUCCACCUGGGGACUCGCCGGGUCGUGGUGCUGUGUGGCUACGAUGCAGUGAAGGAGGCCCUGGUGGAUCAGGCUGAGGAGUUCAGCGGGCGAGGGGAGAAUGCCACCUUUGACUGGCUCUUCAAAGGCUACGGCGUAGUGUUCAGCAAUGGGGAGCGCGCCAAGCAGCUGAGGCGCUUCUCUAUCACCACCCUGCGGGACUUCGGAGUGGGCAAGCGCGGGAUCGAGGAGCGCAUCCAGGAGGAGGCGGGCUUCCUCAUCCAGGCAUUCCGGGAGACCUGCGGCGCCUUCAUAGAUCCUACUUUCUACAUGAGCCGAACAGUCUCCAAUGUCAUUAGCUCCAUUGUCUUUGGUGACCGAUUUGACUAUGAGGACAAAGAGUUCCUGUCACUGUUGCGCAUGAUUCAGGGAAGCUUCCAGUUCUCAGCUACCUCCACCGGGCAGCUCUAUGAGAUGUUCUACUCGGUGAUGAAGCACCUGCCAGGACCUCAGCAACAGGCCUUUAAGGAGCUGCAGGGCCUCGAGGACUUCGUGGCCAGGAAGGUGGAGCAGAACCAGCGCACUCUGGACCCCAACUCCCCGCGGGACUUCAUCGACUCCUUUCUCAUCCGCAUCACGACCCUGCGCUAUGGCUUCCUGAUGCUCAUGAAGCACCCAGAGGUGGAGGCCAAACUCCAUGAGGAGAUUGAUCGGGUGAUUGGCAGGAACCGGCAGCCCAAGUUUGAGGACCGCGCCAAGAUGCCCUACACAGAGGCUGUGAUCCACGAGAUCCAAAGAUUUGGAGACAUGAUUCCCAUGGGCCUGUCUCGAAGGGUCAUCAAGGACACCAAAUUUCGGGACUUUUUCCUCCCCAAGGGAACAGAAGUAUUCCCUAUGCUGGGCUCUGUGCUGAGAGACACCAAGUUCUUCUCCAACCCUGAAGAUUUCAACCCCCAGCACUUCCUGGACGACAAGGGGCAGUUUAAGAAGAGUGACGCAUUUGUGCCUUUUUCCAUUGGAAAGCGGUACUGUUUUGGAGAAGGCCUGGCUAGAAUGGAGCUCUUUCUCUUCCUCACCACCAUCUUGCAGAACUUCUGCUUCAAGUCCCCACAGGCGCCCCAGGACAUAGAUGUGUCUCCUAAACACGUGGGUUUUGCCACCAUCCCGAGGACCUACACCAUGAGCUUCCUGGCCCGCUGAGCUGGGGCCCAGCCAAUGGGGGAGGCGGGGUUAAGGGGAAGGGAGAGUGGAAGUAAGAGGCAAAUUGGAUAGAAGAGGGAGAAGAGUCAGAACAGACCAGCAGACUGCCUUUGCCAGACAUUGGGCCCUGAGAUCAGGGAAACCUCACAUUAUGCUGUGAUGGUAGUAGCAGUCGUAAUAGUAACAGUAAUAGUAAUAAUAAUAAUAAUAACAGCUAUUAUUUGGAGCAAGCAUUCUUUGUCAGCUCUGUGCUAAAUGCAUCUAACGAUCUCCCAACUUAAUACUCAAAAGCCCAUGUGAAAGGGAACAGUGUUCCUGCCCAUUUUUAAGGUGACACGGCUGAGGCUUAGUAAGUUUAAGUCACUAUGUGAACACAGAACACAGAACAGAAGUGCCUAGCAAAUGCUUGAAUAUCUGUGCCCAGUCUUUGGAGGAGAUUUUAAAAUAUUAUCACUUCCCUGAAUAAAACAACAUAUUUAUCUACA